AUGUUUAGAUUUCAUCAAGUGAAACAUAUAUUUGAAAUACUGGAUAAAAUGAGAUGCCUGCGAAAACGUUCUACAGUGUCAUUCUUGGGAGUUCUUGUCAUUUUCCUUCUAUUUAUGAACUUGUACAUUGAAGACAGCUAUGUUCUGGAAGGAGACAAACAAUUUAUAAGGGAAACAUCCACACAUCAGCUGAAUUCAGAACGCUAUGUGCAUACUUUCAAAGAUUUAUCUAACUUCUCAGGAGCCAUCAAUGUCACCUAUCGCUACUUAGCUUCCACUCCUUUACAAAGAAAGCGGUUUCUUACAAUUGGACUAUCAUCAGUGAAACGAAAAAAAGGAAACUACUUACUUGAAACAAUCAAGUCAAUUUUUGAGCAAUCCAGCUACGAAGAGCUCAAGGAAAUCUCAGUGGUGGUUCAUCUAGCAGACUUUAAUUCAUCCUGGCGUGAGGUCAUGGUUCAGGAUAUUACACAGAAAUUUGCCCACCAUAUUAUUGCAGGAAGAUUAAUCGUUAUACAUGCCCCAGAGGAAUAUUACCCAAUCCUGGAUGGCCUUAAAAGAAAUUACAAUGAUCCAGAAGAUAGAGUCAGAUUUCGUUCCAAGCAAAAUGUAGAUUAUGCUUUUCUGCUUAAUUUUUGUUCCAAUACUUCAGACUAUUAUGUGAUGCUUGAAGAUGAUGUUCGAUGUUCAAAAAAUUUCUUAACUGCCAUCAAGAAAGUUAUUACAUCUCUAGAAGGAACUUACUGGGUAACUCUUGAGUUUUCUAAGCUUGGCUACAUUGGAAAACUUUAUCAUUCACAUGACCUCCCACGUUUGGCACAUUUUUUAUUAAUGUUUUAUCAAGAAAUGCCUUGUGAUUGGCUAUUGACUCAUUUUCGGGGUCUCUUGGCUCAGAAAAAUGUUAUUCGUUUUAAACCAUCUCUCUUUCAGCACAUGGGUUAUUAUUCAUCAUAUAAAGGGACAGAGAAUAAGCUGAAGGAUGACGAUUUUGAAGAGGAGUCACUUGACAUCCCUGAUAACCCUCCUGCAAGACUAUAUACCAACAUGAAUGUUUUUGAAAAUUAUGAAGCAAGCAAGGCUUACAGUAGCGUUGAUGAGUACUUUUGGGGAAAACCACCUUCAACAGGAGAUGUCUUUGUGAUUAUAUUUGAAAAUCCAAUUGUGAUUAAAAAAAUUAAAGUGAGUACUGGAACAGAAGAUCGGCAAAAUGACAUUUUACAUCAUGGAGUCCUAGAUGUUGGGGAAAAUGUUAUAGUUUUCAAACAAAGUAGACAAUGUGAUACUUACAUAAGACUAGGGGAAUUCAAAAAUGGAAACUUUGAAAUGUUAGAUGUGAAUCAAAAAAUUCCAUUUGAUAUACAGUGUAUAAGGAUAUAUGUUACCAAAACCCAAAAAGAAUGGCUGAUUAUUAGGAGUAUUAGCAUUUGGACUUCUUAGCCAAUUAAAUCAGUAUGUCCUUUCACUGAAACAGGUCUUCCUGUUUCCUUUUGUUACCUUCCUCUUUUGCUACAUUUGUCCUAUGGAGUUAAGCAACAGAUGGGACAUUUUAAAAGAAAAGUCAGUCAUCUUGGCAGUUUUGAUUUACCCAUUUUCAUCACAAUUUUACUCUAAUAUACACUUGCACUUAUAUCAAAUUCUGAAGUUGAAUAUGUUCACAGUUAAUACUAGGUUCAUUUAUAUUUUAAUGUUAUUAUGUUAGUUUCAAAUUUUUAACAGUGUUUUAAAGGGGGCAUGAAGAACUUAAAAAGAGAAAUUUUAGUCUGUUGGAUGGUAAGUCUUGAAAAAUAUUUUCCAACUGUAUACAUUUCCUCAAUAAUUGAUAGUUUAUCAUAUCAUCAGAUAGCUUUUAUUAACCCUUUGUGUAAAUAUACAGUUGGUUAGAAUGAUAAUCUGUCGGGGUUUGUUUUUUAUUUUUUUGGACACUGAGUUUUCCAUAGACCCUUGUACAUCUACAAUGAAUACCUCCUCAUGGAAAUGAUGUCUUUACAACCGAUUUUUGUGUAUAGGUGGGACUACAGAAAGAAAAAUUUUCUCCCUUGAUUAUUUAUAUGAAAGGGGGCAUUGAUCAUUGUAUAAAAACAAUUGAGCACCUGUUAUCAAUAAAUUUUCUGUGGGAGUCUUUUUCUAGUUUCCCUUUUGCAAAAAAAGAAUAGUUAUGUUCAGUAUUCUCAGGGUACAUUGGGUACCUGCAUUUAAUAGAAGAAAUUAGAGAA